AUGCACAAAAUCAUUAGGCUUAAUUCAAGGCUUACCGGACCUUCAGGAUACGUAACGGAUGGGCCGGGAAAUUACAAAUACAAAACAAAAUGCACCUGGCUGAUAGAAGGAAAGCCCAACACGGUCUUGAGGCUCCGUUUUAAUCAUUUUGCAACAGAGUGCAGCUGGGAUCACCUUUACGUCUACGACGGGGACUCCAUCUACGCUCCGUUGCUGGCCGCUUUUAGCGGCCUGAUCAUUCCCGAACGGGACAGCAACGAGACGGUCCCCGAAGUGGCCGCCAGCUCUGGCUAUGCCCUUCUGCACUUCUUCAGCGACGCUGCGUACAACUUGACGGGCUUCAACAUCACCUACCACUUCAACGUCUGUCCCCAGAACUGCUCCGGCAGAGGGGAAUGUCGGCCCAUGAACGGCAGCCAAGCGGUUGAAUGUGAGUGUUGGGAACAUUGGAAAGGAGAGGCUUGCGAUAUUCCCAAUUGCCCAGAAGAUUGCGGCUUCCCCGAAAGGGGUCAGUGCAGCGUGAACGGAACUCAGGGCUGCAUCUGUUACCCGGGCUGGCAAGGUGUUGACUGCUCGGUUCCUGUUCCAUCGAAUCGCUCCUUUUGGACCCGGGAUGAAUUCUACGUCCCCAAACUCCCGCGCGCCUCUCACAAAGCCGUGGUCCAAGACGAGGUCAUGUGGGUGAUCGGUGGCUACAUGUUCAAUCACACGGACUCUCAGAUGGUCUUGGCGUAUAACCUGGAGUCCAGAGAAUGGAUGACCCUGGGCGGUUCUGUGAACACCGUGGGGAUCAGAUACGGCCAUUCGAUAGCCUUACACGAAAACAAAAUCUACAUGUACGGAGGCAAGGUAGACGAGAGCGGCAACGUAACCAGUCAGCUCUGGCUGUUCCACAUCUCCAACCAUUCCUGGGUUCCCCUGGUGCCAAAGGCCAAGGAGCAGUACGCUGUGGUGGGCCACUCGGCCCACAUUGUCACCCUGGAAGACGGCGCGGUGGUGAUGCUGGUCCUCUUUGGCCACUGCCCUCUUUACGGCUACAUCAGCAGCGUGCAGGAGUAUAAUCUAG